GUUUCAUAAGUUAUGCAUCGAUUACGGGUUCUACGUCACUUGAAGUUCUGCAUUUCCACGUCACAUAGGACUACUGUAGUUUUAAAAAAUACUCGUUCAUUUUGUAAUAAUAUUCCUUCUACUAGUUUUGCUUCUGAGGCUGCAGCAAAAUAUGAAAAGAAAAGUCCAACUGAACAUGUAUUACUUCGACCCGAUACAUAUAUUGGAGGUGUCGCCAUGCGAGAAGAUCAAAUUAUUUGGCUCAGAGACUCAGAAAAUAGAAAAAUGAUUGCAAAAGAAGUCACUUAUCCACCUGGAUUAUUGAAGAUUUUCGAUGAGAUUCUAGUGAAUGCGGCUGAUAAUAAAGCAAGAGAUUCCAGUAUGAAUCGGUUGGAAGUAUGGUUAGAUAGAGAAACCGCACGAAUAUCGGUAUGGAAUAACGGAAGCGGACUUCCAGUGGAAAUUCAUCCAACCGAAGGAAUUUAUGUUCCAACGCUUGUCUUUGGAAAUUUAUUCACUUCAUCAAAUUAUGAUGAUUCUGAAAUUAAAACAGUUGGUGGAAGAAAUGGAUAUGGUGCAAAACUUUGUAAUAUUUUCUCAAAGGAAUUUAUCGUUGAAACAGUGGAUACAAGAAUAAAACGACGGUUUAGACAGAAAUGGUAUGACAAUAUGAAAAAGUGUAAUGAGGCGGAAGUUGUCGAGAUUUUAGAUGAAACAGUCAAAGACUACACUAAAGUCGAAUUUGUUCCUGAUCUUGAACGUUUCCAAAUAGAUAAACUCUCCGAUGACGUCAUCGAUCUUAUCGGAAGACGUGUAUUUGAAGUUGCUGCAACUCUUCCACGAGAUGUUGAUGUUUACCUAAAUGGCCAAAAAUGUGAUGUAGACGGAUUCGAAGAUUAUGUAAAAAUGUUCAAUGACUCUUCGUCUCUUCUAUUUCUUCAUCCAACACCUCGAUGGCAUGUGGGCGUGGCCAAACGGAAUAAUUUCUUUGGAGAAUCUCAUGUGGUCCUUCCGAAAAUUGUUAGCUUCGUGAAUAAUAUCAACACGGAGAAAGGGGGAAGCCACGUGGAUUAUGUGAUGGAUAAAAUAGUGAAUAUUAUCAAGCCAAUCGUAGAUUCAAAGUUAGGAGAUCCUACGAAAAGUGUGAAACCAGCAGUUAUCAAGAAUAAUUUGUCUAUAUUUAUCAAUUGUCUCAUUGAAAAUCCAUCUUUUGAAAGUCAAACUAAAGAAACUUUGACGACGAAAGCCAAGAAUUUUGGAUCAAUUUUUGAAUGUGAUGCGAAGAAAACAGCAGAAUGGGCGGAACAGAGUGGAUUAAUAGAGGAUAUUGUGGAAGAAGUAUUGAAUAUGAAAAAGAAGAAAUUACCAGGAAAACGAGUUUCAGUGUCUUCAGUUCGAGAUAUUGUCAAGCUAGAAGACGCUGAAUGGGCUGGAAUUACGGGAACGGCAGAGAAGUGCACAUUGAUUCUCACAGAAGGUGAUUCGGCGAAAGCUUUGGCUCUUGCCGGCUUAGAAGUUCUGGGACGUGAAACUUAUGGAGUAUUUCCACUGAAAGGAAAACUGUUGAACGUAUCAAAUCUAGAUGACGCCCGUGCAUCGAAGAAUGAAGAAAUUUCGAAUCUUCUCCGAAUUCUUGGAUUGAAAUUUGAAGAUUCGAACUCAAUAACUCGCGAGUCUCUUCGAUACGGUCGACUCUUGAUUUUGGCGGAUCAGGAUGAGGAUGGCAGUCACAUCAAGGGACUAAUUGUUAAUUUUAUUCAUAAAUUCUGGCCAAGUCUUGUGCAUACAGAUGGAUUCAUUCAAUCAUUCCGAACACCACUACUGAAAGCAAAGAAAGGAGAUAAAGUUAGAUCAUUCUUCUCAAUGAAUGAAUAUCGGAAAUGGGCAGAUGUUGAAGAAGGAGGAAAAUGGAAAAUUAAAUAUUAUAAAGGACUUGGAACUUCAACUUCGAAUGAAGCAAGAGAAUAUUUCAGUGAUUUAGAUCAUCAUACUGUUAAUUUUAAAUACACUGGAACAACAGAUGAUGAUGCUAUUCGAAUGGCUUUUGAUAGAGAUAAGAGUGACGAGAGAAAAGAAUGGAUCAGAAGAUCAGAAAAUGAGAUUACGAAUGAAGAUGAUGGUAAAACUGAAAUAAGUUAUCAAGAAUUCGUUGAUGGGCAACUUAUGCAAUUUGGAAUGGUCGAUUUAAAAAGAUCAAUUCCAUCUCUGAUUGAUGGUUUGAAACCAUCUCAACGGAAGAUUCUUUGGACACUUUUGAAUAAUAUGGAUGAAUCGACAGAAAUCAAAGUAUCUCAGUUGGCUGGAGCAGUUGCACAUCGACAAUCAUAUCAUCAUGGAGAAGAAUCACUGGUCAGAACAAUCAUUCGAAUGGGUCAAACAUUUUGUGGAUCUUCGAAUCUUCCACUUCUUCAACCAAUUGGACAGUUCGGAACACGUCAUGAAGGAGGAAAUGAUGCAGCUUCUGCCAGAUAUAUUUUUACUGCGCUCGCUCCAACAACUCGUUUGCUUUUCCCACAGGCGGAUGAUGAUCUCCUUCAAAAAAAUGUAGAAGAGGGAAUGGUUGUGGAACCAACGUGGUUAUGCCCAAUCGUCCCUCUUAUUCUGAUUAAUGGAACUGAAGGUAUUGGUACUGGAUGGUCAACUAAAAUUGCAAAUCGAAAUCCAAUCGAUAUUAUUGAUAUGAUUAGGCGAAAAAUUGAUUCGAUCUCGACGGAAUAUGAAAUACCGCCGUUUUAUGAAGAGUUCAGAGGAAAACUUGAAGUAGUUACACCCACAAAGUUUAUCAGCAGUGGGAAGAUUCAAUUGAUACGGCCAGAACGAAAGAAUGCUUCAACAUUUUCCAUUGAGAUUGUGGAACUACCAAUUGGAAUCUGGACUUCAAAAUACAAGGAGAAGCUGUCGAAAAUUGUGGAGACAUUACCAGUUUUAGAGUUUUCCGAACGGCAUACCGAAAAACGAGUACAUUUUCGAAUAACUCUUGACAGAAAGAAAUCGUCACGAUUUCUACAAAAGAGCAACUCGGAUCUUCUGAAUUAUUUCAAACUUCGGACAAGCUUAACAGAAAAUCGAGUGUUGUUUGAUAGAAAUGGAGAAUUGAAAGAAUUCGGAAAUAUUUCGGAAAUCGCUGCCGAAUUUUUUGAAGUUCGCAGAGAUCUUUAUGAAAAACGGCUGAAAAUUCAAAAAGAGGAAUGUGAAGCAAAACUGAUAUAUGUUGAAAAUCAGCUCAAUUUCAUCGAAAUGGUGACCAAUGGAACUAUUGAGAUACGAUCAAUGGGACGUAAUCAAUUGGAAGAAAAACUUCAGGAAAUGGGUUUCAGAGUUGAUCCUAUGGCAACUAUUGCUAAGAACUCCAAAAAAGCAAACUACGGAUACCUUCUUGAAAUGCCGGUCUCACGACUAACUUCUGAUGAAAUGAAAAGAUUGGAAGAACGAAAAUCACGACGGAGAACUGAGCUUGAAGCAGCUGAAUCUGCAGAUUGGAAAUCUGUGUGGCGUUCCGAAUUGGACAAGUUGGCAGAGGCAGUUGGAAACAAUAGAAAGAGUUAAAUAUAUGUGAUUGUUUUUUUUUUGCUCGAGUGUGUUUUUUAGGUUGUGUAUUUUGGAUAAUAAAACUUAUAA